AUGGCUGCCUCUGGGGACCUCGACCCCACCUACAGUGCCACGGACCUGCCCUCUGGCUUCCCGGGGGUCUGUCCCGUCAGGAUCCCACCGCCCGCCCCGCCCCGCCGUCCCGCAAUCGCCCGGAGGUCCUGUGGCAGCCGCUCUGAAGACGACGCCGUGCGGCUCCCGCUGGGCCCCUCCCUCGCCAGCCCUCUCCCUCUUCCCAGGAACCCGCGCCCCUGGAGGACUCCCCCGGGCCGAGUGUGCGUGUUUCUUAAGAGGCCCCGGGGGGCGCCUAGCGGGCCGCCCGGGGCUGGAGGGGGAGGGCGCGGGCGGGGGCGGCUGGCGCCAGGCGGCCGAGGCUCCACAACAAAGCUCCGGCCCUGUCACUUCGCAUCGGCCGGGCCCCGCAGACGGGCGGGGGACGCGCGCUCGGCCGCCCCUCCCUCUCGCAGGCGGUCUCCGACCUGGGCGGUCGGACGGGCUCCCGGGGUGGUGCGCGGACAGUGCGCCCGCGCUUCCCGCAACAGCGAAAGGGGGAGGGGGCGGCCUGGGCCGGGUGGGGCCGCGGUCCUGAGGCAGGCGCGGCUGCCCUUCCGUCCGCUGGCCCCGCCACCCCUCGAAGGGUCGAGGGGCACUGCUGGGACCUUCCCCAGGUUGAGCCUCCGAGGUGGCAGGGGGUCCCCGCCGCUUCCUCGUCUGUGUGCGAGGCCGGGGUUGCGUGAGCCCGCGGGCAGGGGGUGGCAGAAAGAUUGGGCUGUGCGGCCGUGUGGCAGAGGGGACGACGGACGUGCGUCCGAGUCACGGGGCGCGGGCUGCAGACUGGCUUCAGCGCUCGCUGGCAGACGAAUGUGCCCGGCUAAGCACAGGGGACGCGCGUGGCCCCGUGCUAUGGGCAGCUGUGAGGGUGCCGCCGGGCGCGUCGGUCUCCUCCUGGACCUGGGGAGUGUGGGGGUGAAGGACACUCCCCAGACAGAGUUGAUUCCCAUCACGGCUUCCCAGCCAUACAGCACCUCCCGGAGCCCUGGCGCCAACCAGCCCGGUUUAGCGGCCCGGCCGGCUCCCCCGCGGUCCCAGGUCUGGCUGGGGUGGGGGCUGCGGCCUCCGUGACCCCAGCCCGCAGCGGCCCGGCCCGUCCCGUCCACUUAAACAAAUUGCCGCUGACAGGCGCGCAGUCUCUCUGGAGCCGCCGCCCGCCUGUCGCCUCCCUCCUGUCCCAAUUAUCCCGCGCAGGGUCGGCCAACUGCUUGGGAUGGGGCGGGGGACGCGGGGAGAGCGGGCGGCCGGACUCCCUUCUUGUUGCGGGGGUGGCCCAGGGUAGCGCCUCAGCAGCCACGGCCUGUGUGGCCCCGUCCCUCAUCAUCCUGGCGGAUGCGAGGGCAAGGCCCAGCCUGGCCUCUGCGGGCCGGGAAGGGUGUCGCUCUGCACCUGAGGGCGAGAUCACGCGGCCUGCAUCCCCGCUGGACUUUGGAUGACUUUCCCAGAGUUCUGGGGAGCCCGGUAACCUGGGAGCUGCAGACGGCUCACUGGCUCGGGGCCGCGGUUCCGCUGUGGCAGCUGUAUGCUUGGGACACCUGGGCCGCAGAAGUGAGGUGCGUGUCUGUGAACCUUCGUGCGUGGAUGUGCAUGGGGCAAGAUCAUGGGUGCGGGUUUCUGGGAUCACGGGAGCGUGAACGGGGGGGCGCUCUACUGAGUGGCUUGUGAGAGGGGGUAGAGGGCAGGGAAGGACCCCUAGGACGGGCCCACCUGCGACAGAGGGGUGGGACUGCCGGGGCGCUUACAGGCUCUGGGUUCGCAUUCGGAAACGCUUUCGUAGGGAGCGGGUCGGGAUUCCCUGGAGCAGCGUGGGGACGGCGCCCCACAGUCCCGGGCUCCAGCUGCGCAGCCUCUGCCCUCCUGAUCCCUGCCUGCUAAGAGGCUACCUGGCUUGGCUAUCAACUUCUGCACCUCGAACCUUGGGUUUGCCUCGUGGACCCGCAGCUUCCUCUUUGCCUGCUUCUGCUCUGUGUUGCACCUCCGGGAAGGGCAUGCUGCUCUCUUCCCUCUUUACACUGAGGACCCUGAACCCCAGAGGUGCAGUCAUUCACCCAAGACCACGUGCCUGCUGGUGGCAGAGCUGGGAUGGGACCCUGGGACCUUAAAGAGAGCAAGUCCAAAUCCACUCCCAAGAAGGCGGUGCUGCUGAGCUGCCUACCCCUGCUCUUACAGCAAGGUGAUCCUGAGAUGCCAGGGCCGCCACCCUCCCCUGGGCUCUUGCUCUGAAUUCAAAACAUACAGGAUGCACUGUCCCUUUGCCUCUAGAGUCUCCAGUUCUAGGUCUGCAGGAGAGGGCUGCCUUCCAGCUAUACAGGGCAAGGGAGCAGCUGCCAAGGCAGUCUCUCAGCCCCAGCCGGAAAGCCUGAUGGAGUGGGGAUGGAGGUCAGCUGGGUCAGCAUCCUGGAUGGGAUAGGGGCAUAGGACGGGAAGCUCAGCUCUGAUUUGGGUCCCUCUAAGGGAACUGGCCAGGGUGUGAAGCAGCUAGGUGCAGGCAGGGAUCGGUUCACUAGGUUUGUGACUUUGUGACCUUGGGCUAGGCCCUGCCCUACUCUGGGUCUCAGGCUUGCUUGCCAUUUGUAAGAAAUGAGGAUCAAACAGAACUCUCAGGUAUUUUCUAGUUUUUGUGAGCCCCUGAAUUGUGAAAUAAAACCUUACCACUGAGAAACCAUAUCCAUGUCCAGACUGGUGGCUGCCUGCCUGGCCUCUGCUCGUUUACAGAAGGGCUGGCUGGCUCUGGUGUUCGAGCUUGUGUGCUUGCAUCAGCCUCAGGCCCACUGGGCCUUUUCUCAUCCUAGACAGUACCCUCGCUCCUUCAGUUGCCACCCUGGCUCCCACUAGCCUCUUUCCAGAUCAUGAAGAUAUUCUUCAUCAAAUUGAGAGGAAGUCCAUAGUAAAGUUGCCCGUUGACCAGGUAGUGCCGAGAGAAUCGGAAGGUCACGUGGAUUCCUAAAGGUCCCCUGGUCCGGCCACAGUGUGAUUCAUGCUCUGAUGCCCUCCCAGGUGAUGCCACCAUGAGGUCUGCUGGGGCUGGAGUGAGUCCCAGAUUGCCCUGGAUGUUAUCGGUAGAGGAUAGGAAGCAGCUGCUCAGGGGCCAGUGGCCAGUAAGGACCCCACCCUGGGCCCAGCUCUCACUUCCAGCUGAUUACAGGCUAUGGCAGGCUCCAUAACCUCCCCAAUUAGCCGGAGGCCAGGCCCAAAGCCUUUCUGAUAACCUGAGCUCUAGUGGCAGCCGCCGUGGGGCCAGCUUAUCUGGCCUCUCUUAUCCUCACCCUUCCCCCGCAUACUCAAAGAGUUGCCCUGGCUUCGAGCAGAUGAAUAACCAGAUUGUCCUGCAAGCUCAGCCGGCAAGUCCAGCCCUACACCCACCACUUUCCCUGCCUGGGGGAGGCCACAGCUGUUUUGCCCCCGCUGGAGGGGAAGGGCCAGGCCAGGGAGGACUCCUGAUUCUCUAAGCUGCCAGCCGGUUCCCUGAAUGGCUGAGAGAGCCCCUGGCAGCAAGGUCUCUGCCACAUCCAUGUUUCCUAGGGUGGUUUCAGAGGGGCUUAUGCUCCCUAGAGCAGGGGGACAGGCCAUGGGCAGCAUGCACAGGUAGCCUGGUAGCACUCUCCUCCUUGUCCCUUUUUGACUGAAACAUGGCUUAGCUGGUGGUAGGGGCAGUGCCAGGCCCAUCAAUAAUUCAGCAAGAUGGGGAAAAGCUGCAGCUCCUCCAGCAACCCCUAUUGCUGGGGCCAGGCUUGUGUUCCCAGCAUGCCUCAGUCUGGCAUGUGACUUCUCACCCUGCAGGUGCCCAGGCUUAGACCACCCUGUGUAGGAUCAUCUCUCAGCCUACGGAGUCUAGUGGGAUUCAGCAACCCUCCACCUGUGCCCCCAACGUGCCCAACUGAUCUGGCAGAGUGAACUGAAGAUGAGGGCCUCUUGGGCACCAGGGAUGGGAUGGGUGUGUGUGAAGGGGGCAGGGUCCCCAGGAGCAGCCCCAGCUUUGGCUGGACAGUUGCAUGGGAAGGCCUGCUUGUUUGUGAACUCAACUUUUCUAUGGCUGUUCCAUUAAACUUAACCCAAACCA